GCAAUGUGUAUUGCAACAUUAAUUAAUAUUACACAUGGUAGAAUCACCUUAUAUUUGAUCUUUUUAUAAAUGAUGAUAGUAGCAAUUAGCAAAGCAUCAUAUUACACAAACUUGAAUUAGAGAAGAAAGCAAAGGGAAAAAUCAAUCCAAUGAAGAUAUACAUCCUUCCCUUUCUGGCACCAGGUCAUCAAAUCCCCAUCGUUCACGUGGCACAACUCCUUGUCUCACGUGGCCAUCACGUGACCAUCCUCACCACCCCUUCCAACACCCACCUCUUGGCGGAGGCGGACAACGUCAACAUCCACACCCUCCCCUUCCCAUCCGACCAAGUAGGCCUCCCUGUCGGCGUCGAAAACAUCUCAGCCGCCACCGAUAGCACCACGGCCGGCAAGAUCUACACGGCGGCGCACCUCAUCGGGCCGCAAGUGGAGUCCUUCAUGCAGCAAUCGCCACCGGACGUAUUCAUCCCAGACACGACGUACACGUGGAGCAGAGCCGUGGCCAACCGCCUCGGUAUCCCCAGGCUGAUCUUCAGCCCUCACCUCAUCUUCUUCGUUGCUAUAAUGGAAGCCAUUAGAUCGCACCCCGAAAUCCUCGUUGAUUCCGAUGACACUGCUCCUUACACCAUCCCUGGCCUCCCUCAACCCAUCACCCUCUCCGUGAAGCCUUCACCAAGCCACCGCCAACUGAUGGAGUCCAUGGUUGACGCCGAAAGGGACAGCCUCGGAGUGAUCGUGCUGAGCUUCAAGGAGCUCGACGGCGAUUACGCCCAAUACUACGAGAAAAUCACUGGUGGGAAAGUGUGGCAUCUUGGCCCCACUUUCCUCAUGGUGCAGAAAACAUUACCACUUCAGCAGCCAAGUAGCGACGCUGGUGAAGGUGAAAACGAGUGCUUGAGAUGGCUUUCUUCCAAGAAGGAGGGUUCCGUGGUUUACGCUUGCUUUGGCAGCUUGAUUCGUCUCGCGGACAAGCAGCUUUUCCAGAUAGCGGCGGGCCUUGAGGCUUCGGGGCAUCAGUUUGUUUGGGUGGUGCGUAGGAACAAGAGCAACAAAGACAAGUGGUUACCGGAUGGGUUUGAAGAGAGGAUGAAGAAGGAGGAGAGAGGAUUGCUCAUAACAGGGUGGGCGCCGCAGCCGUUGAUCUUGAAGCAUGCUGCUAUCGGAUGCUUUUUGACGCACAGCGGGUCCAGCUCUGUGAUAGAAGCGGCGAGUGCGGGGGUGGUGACCGUAACGAUGCCGGGAUGUGGGGACCACUUCUUCAACGAGAAACUGAUGACUGAGGUGCAUGGGUUCGGGGUGGAGGUGGGUGGAGCUGAGUGGAGCUUAUCGCCGUUCCAUGAGAAGAAGAGAGUGGUGAGUGCAGAGAUGAUAGAGAAGGCGGUGAGGAAGGUGAUGGACGGUGGAGAAGAGGCGGAGAGGAUGAAGAAGAAGGCAAAGGAGAUGCAAGAGAAGGCUUGCAGAGCGGUUGAAGAAGGUGGGUCCUCUCAGCAGAGUCUCUCGGAAAUGAUUCACCAACUCGAGCGGGUGGUGGUCUCCACUUCUGCUACAACCACCUUUUAGACUUCAAUAU